AUGGGAAGUGGUUAUUUUGGGGAGCCAAGUUUAGGGAAUAAUGAAAGAGGGGGUGCGUCGUCGUCGUCGUCACCGUUAUCGUCGAGAAGAGGGAAAAAGGGUGGUUCUGAUAAGCAACCAAGACAACCCCAAAGAGGACUUGGAGUUGCUCAACUUGAGAAGAUCAGAUUGCAUGGUGAAAUUGCUUCAGCUGGUUUUCAUCAUACCUCUUACACUUUCACUAAUGAUCAAGAGGUAGCGAGAGUACAGACGGGUUAUGCGUCGGUACCAUCGUCGACUUCUUCCUCGCCGUCUUAUGGCUUCCCCUCCAAUAUUAUGAUGGGGUUUGGAGAAUAUGAAAGAAGAAACCUCAGAGAUGGUGAUUCUCAGUAUAGCACAGCAGCAAGAUGGGAUCCAAACAAUAAUGGUGGGAUCUUAGAGAGCCAACAUUAUGCACAGCCAAACAUGACAUGUUAUCUUGAAAAUCCACAAGCAGAGUGGACACAGAGCAGAAGGAGCAAAAGGCAAGAGAGGAGUGGAAAUAUGGGUCAAAAUUCAGAAGCAUGUGAGAGCCAAGACUUGGACUUGGAGCUUAGACUCUCAAUAAUCUAAAUUAAACAUUGGAUUUGGGAAUUGGGAAUUGGGAUUUGGAUAAUCCUGUUUUUCAUACACAUAAAUUUUCAAUG